GGGCAUCUAUGAAAGAGAAAAGCAGCAUUAGACCACUACUGUUUCCAGAAGACCUGGACAGGUUCCUCGGGAACUCUGGGACAAAGUUGCAUCAGGAGGAGCUAGAAAAGAGGACGACUAAUUGAUCCAUGUGGACUCGGAGGAGAUGGCACUGAUUGGCCGCUGUGUGCUGCUGGUGGCCUUGUGGGCUGGAUUCAGGGAAGGGGCCUACGGGGAGCAGACGAAGCAGGCCCAAGCUCCUCUGAUUCCUCACCGGCCUUUCCUUGUGGUGUGGAAUGCCCCUACAGAGUCCUGCCGCUUCCGCUUCAAAGUGGACCUGGACCUUAGUGUCUUUGACAUCGUGGCCAACCUUAAUGAAACCCUCAGUGGGCCUAAUGUCACCAUCUUCUACCACAGCCACCUGGGCUAUUACCCAUACUACUCCAGCACCGGGAAUCCCAUCAAUGGAGGCCUGCCCCAGAACCAGAGUCUAUCCAAGCACCUGAGCAAGGCUAGAGCCGACAUCGACAAGCUCAUACCGCACAAGGACUUCCGAGGUCUGGGUGUCAUCGACUGGGAGAACUGGAGGCCCCAGUGGGUACGCAACUGGGGUUCGAAGGAUAUCUAUCGCAACAAGUCCAAGGAACAGAUACGGAAGCUAUAUCCGGAGUGGCCUGAGAGCAAGGUGGAGAAUGAGGCCAAGGAGGCCUUUGAGAGGGCCGGACAGGCUUUCAUGAACAACACUCUACUGUUAGCUGAAAGUCGACGGCCCGACGGCCUCUGGGGCUUCUACUUGUUUCCAGACUGCUACAAUUAUGGCUACAAGACGCACCCACAUCGCUACACAGGGGAAUGCCCAAAUGUGGAGCACGUCCGUAAUGACCACUUGAUGUGGCUUUGGAGGGAGAGCACUGCCCUCUAUCCCUCUGUGUACCUAGACUACGAACUCAAGUCCUCAAGCAACACCGUCAAGUUCGUCCACUAUCGUGUCAAGGAGGCCAUGAGGAUUGCAUCUAUUGCACGCAUUGACUUCACUCUGCCUGUGUUUGUCUACUCCAGACCCUUCUACGCAUACACAUUCACUGUCCUCUCAGAGAGUGACCUGGUCCACACUAUUGGAGAGAGUGCAGCAUUGGGCGCCUCAGGAGUGGUACUUUGGGGCUCCUCUGAAUAUGCUCGAACUCAGAGAAACUGCCUGACCGUGAAGAAGUACAUUGACGGCCCUUUAGGUCAUUAUGUCAUCAACGUCACCUCAGCCGCCAAGCUGUGCAGCAAAGCUUUGUGCAAGAAGAACGGCAAGUGUGUGAGGAAGAGCCUUGACUCGGGGGCCUACCUUCACCUCAACCCCCGCUUCUUUCACAUUCGCAGCAACCAGGGUUCCCGGCGGCCCCACUUCCAUGUGAGCGGCCAUCUUAACAAUCAUGACAUCCUGGACAUGAAGCACAAGUUCACCUGCCAGUGCUACCAGGGCUGGACCGGGGUCUACUGUGAGAUGCCCCAGGCGCCACCUCCUCCUCCCAUGCCCAGACCCAGAGACAACAGCUUGCUGGGCGACCUACUGGUCAUCCUAUCGCUGCACUUCUCCUGUCUCUGUGUCAUCAUGUUCUUAGGACUCUGCCUCAUCAUCAAGUGUUUGAUAUUAUAGAGCCAAAACGUGGUUUGUGUUCAUCAUUCAAACGCAUGAGAAGACAGCUAGCACAGUAGUUGGCCACAUCAUAUUCUACUGAAAGGGGGUGUGCUUUAUUAAAGAGUAGGCUAAGUUAAGCUAUUGAGUCAGCAGAAUCCAUGCUCAAAUGGACAAAUUGUUAUAAUAAGGUGGUGUUCAGACAAAUGUACAUGUUGAAUUAGGUCAUGGAUUUGAGAAGGGAAUAUGAAUAAAUUAGAAAUAAUUUAGGGAAAAAUAUGCCAGAGAAGUGGAAAUAUCCCUUAGAGUUCCUUCUUGUCAGUAUACUCAAACAAUUAUAUAAAAUGUCAUGAAAAUGUAUGUACCCACAUUUAACCAUAAAUAAACAUAAUAGGUUCAGUUGGUUUAUAAUUGGUUUAUAAUAGAAGAUAUUGGGAUUCCUAUAUCUCUCUUGUGGAGAGUAAAAUACUAAACUAAAGAAAGGUGCUAAUGACUGUUCCUUCUCAUAUAUUACACCCAGUUCCCUCUGUAACACCUAAUCAGUCAAUAAAACAUAUAUAUUUAGUAGAGAGAAGGACAUAUAUCAAGUGAGUCACAGGCAUUCAACAUAAUGCAGCGGCUUUCCAUAAUGCAUGGUCUAUGACUGGUCACAUGAUCAAACAAUGGCAGCGUACAUGGGGCUAUCCCAUGGGAAAAGAAGGACCACAUUUAAAGGGAGGUUUGGCUGAGGUGUAUCCACACACUUGUAGGGGAAUAACAAGGAGGUGGAGUUGAUUUGACAGUGUUAUGGGGAAAGUCAUUUUGCCCUCAGGAAAAGGUCUUGCUAGUGGACAAUGCCACCGCCAUUCCAAUGACGCACAUUAAAGAAGUGAAGUGUUGUUUCUAGAUUCAUUUUUGGACUAGAAAAUAAAGUGAAACUGUGAUGCCCCAAAAGAACCCAAAAUAUAAUAUUGUUUCACUCCCAAUGUUUGUAAGCUAGUGUCAACAAACAAUAUAUAUUAUAACAUGACACUUCAAUUUUGUUAUCCUAGGUCAGUCCGUGCAUUCAUAGCUCUGUCUUUCUCCUGCCCUGAACACCUGGCUCUGUCUUUCUCCUGCCCUGACCACCUGACGUCCAGCUUUUUAAGAAAACAGUGCUUGGGAGGAUGAUUUGUUAUUGUUUCAACUGCUAAUUGCAGCUUUAAUCUUGAAUCCAUGGCUAAACUUUUUGUUUUACCUAUCUGUAAAAGUGAAUAAACUUGACUUACACUUUCA